AUGAAGGAGGGUAAUGGCAAAUGCAAGGGCUUCGGCUUCGUGUGCUUCUCCUCUCCGGACGAAGCCACCAAGGCGGUUACCGAGAUGCACCUCAAGGUCGUGAAGGGAAAGCCUCUGUACGUGGGCCUGGCAGAGAAGCGUGACGUCCGAGCCGAGCGCCUGCGUCAGCGCUACUCCCCUGGCGGCAUGGGCAAGGGCAUGGGAGGAAAAGGAAAGGGUGGAAAGGGCGGUAUGGGCAUGGGCGGCAUGGGCAUGGGUGGUAACCAGAUGUACGGUAGCCCGAUGGGCGGCAUGGGUGGUCCCAUGGGAGGUCCGCCAAUGAUGGGCAUGGGUGGCAUGGGCAAAGGCAACAUGAUGGGCCAGGGCGGACCGAAUCCAGGAAUGAUGGGUCAGAAGGGCAAGGGCAUGCCGAGCAUGCCAAUGAACCCUCAGAUGAUGGGAAUGGGUGCCAUGGGCAAGGGCAUGCCUGGUGCAAUGGGAAUGCCCGGAGCAAUGGGCAAAGGAGGCAUGCCGAUGCCAAUGGGCCCCAUGGGCCCAAUGGGCCCAAUGGGAAUGAUGAGACCCGCCAUGCCUCAAAUGCCGAUGAUGCGCCCAGGUAUGCCUGCCCCAAUGCCGCAGCCUACGCAGCCGGCACCCGCCGCCAACCCAGGAUCUGGGGGGCAGCAACUGACAGCUGCAGCCCUCGCCGCUGCUGCACCGCCAGUGCAGAAGCAGCUGAUUGGCGAGCGUCUGUUCCCGGCCAUCUCCAAGUACCAGCCAGAGCUGGCAGGUAAGAUCACAGGCAUGAUGCUCGAGAUGGACAAUUCUGAACUGUUGAUCUUGUUGGACAGCGAGCCCCAGCUCAAAGCCAAGGUGGACGAAGCAAUGCGCGUGCUCGAGCAAGCCAAGUAA